AUGUCUCCCAAAGGCCAGUACAAGAGAGUAUAUCUGGAGGAUAUCCUGUUCAAGGAACACAUUCAAGCACCAAAGCAGUGGCACGGCGCCCCGUUUCCCAUUAUUCGUAGAGCAAUUAGCGCUCUUGGAAGCCCUCGGAUAGGGCAUGUCCCCCUUGAGAUGAUCACGAAGCUUACGAUCCUUCGUGAUCUAUACUACUUAGAUGACGAGGAAGAGACCGAAAGAAGGCAUGGAUUGGAACGUCCGAGCAGGGAUGACGACUAUCAGGACUCUGAGGAGGAAGAGGAAGAGGACAAGAAUGAGGAGUAUGAGACUGAGGACAACGAGGGCAGGCAGUGA